UGGGGAAGACACCGUACGAUUACUUGAACCAUACCGCUCCUGUUGCUGCACAUACGCCCUUCACUUGGGUUCGGCUGCUGACUGGGCACCCACCGUACCAUCCGUACUAUUGCAGCGAAAUGUUAUUCCAGAUCUUGACGGGGUCCACGUACCGUACCGGUACUUGUGCCAUAAUCUGAUGAAUCAUGUUAUCGUACUUGGGGGUUUAUCAUGUGGUGGUGUGGCCACAACGUCGGGGUAAAUUAAAUUCGCUUGGCGACCCCUAAACCCGUCCAUCACUUAAUCCACCUGAAAAGUCCUACCUCAUCACAACCAUGGACGGAAAGAAUGCCAACCCCACCAUUCUUAAUGCCUCUGACCUGCCGACACGGCGGCAGGUGCAGCGGAAAAGAGUAACCUCUCCUUUGACGUCCGGUCUGGUCCCGGCGUACGCACAGGAUCCUUUCGUGGGCAGCAGGGAUACCGAGUUUUCCAACUCGGAUGAAAGCGAGGAUGAUUCUGUCCUUGAGCCUAUCGACGAGCAGGAGAUUUACGGUGAGCUCAAGCAGCAUCUUGGUGUUAGACCAGAAGGAAAAUAAGAGCGUGUUACUGAGUCAUCGUUCAGAUCUCAUCGCGACCAUCUCGGACCCAGAGCAUCCAUUGACCCUCGGAGAGCUCGCCGUCGUCAAUCUCCAGCAUAUCAAAGUCACCGAUGAUCCGUCGGCCAUUAUUUCCAAUGUCCUUGUCGAGCUUACUCCCACAAUCAACCAUUGUUCACUCGCCACUGUAAUUGGCUUGGGUGUCCGGGUACGGCUGGAACAAGCGCUUCCGCCACGAUUCAGACUUGAUGUUAGGAUCAGGGAGGGAACCCAUGCAACCGGGGAACAGGUCAACAAGCAGCUAAAUGACAAGGAACGGGUGGCCUCAGCACUGGAGAAUGAGACUUUGAUGGGAGUUGUGGGGAAGAUGCUUGAAACCUGCAGGUGA